AUGGCAGAAGCAAAUAUUCUCAAAGCUCCUCGCCCUGCUCCCCGUCACAUCAGAUCCAGAGAUGUGGAGUGUGACGUCUGUACUGGAAUAAAACAGAAAGCCGUGAAGUCCUGUCUGGUGUGUCUCAACUCUUACUGUCAGAAUCAUCUAGAACAACAUGAACAUUUCUUCAAGAGUAAGAGACACAGCUUGAUUGAUGCCACUGGACGACUCCAGGAGAUGAUCUGCCCUCUACAUGAUAAAAUGCUGGAAAUUUACUGCCGCACUGACCAGAAAUGUAUCUGUGUGCUGUGUAUGCUGGAUGAACACAAGAACCACGACAUUGUAUCAGCUGCAACAAAGAGGACAGAGAAACAGAAACAGUUUGAGGAAACACAGAGUAAACUGCAGCAGAGGAUCCAGGAGAAAGAGAAAGAAGUUCAUGAUCUGAGAGAGGCUGUGAAGUUUCACAAGUGCUCUCCACAGUCAGCAGUGGAUGACUGUGAGCUGAUCUUCACUGAGUUGAUCUCAUCCAUUGAGAGAAGGCGCUCUGAGAUGACACAGCUGAUCAGAGAUCAGGAAAAUGCCGCAGUGAGUCGAGUUGAAGAACACUUGAAGCGACUGGAGAAGGAGAUCGAUGAUCUGAGGAGGAGAGAUGCUGAGAUGCAGCAACUUUUACACACAGACAAUCACAUUCAUUUCCUGCAGAGUUUCCAGUCUCUCUCUGUCUCUCUUGGAUCAUCUGACAGAAUCAAUGUCACUUCUUGUCUCACUUAUGAUGAUUUUGUGAAAUAUGUGUCUGAACUCAGAGACAAACUGGAGAGGUUCUGCACAGAGAAGAUUGAAAAGACAUUUGAUAAAGUGAGAUAUAUUGAGAUCAUUCCCACUCCUGAAUACAACACCAGGAAGGAGUUCCUAGAAUGUAAGUUACAUGGGGAAAACCCACUCCAAAAAAGAUUACUUCAAAUUUAUUCAAUUGAAAAGACUAUGUCACAUCAGUUCACUCUGGAUCUGAACACAGUAAAUCCGUACCUCUGUCUGUCUGAGGAGAACAGAGCGAUUACUUCCACCGAAACACCCCAGCGCUAUCCUGAUCAUCCAGACAGAUUUGAUUGUUGGCGUCAGGUGUUGUAUAAAGAGUGUGUGAGGGGACACUGUUACUGGGAGGUGGAGUGGAGUGGGAAUCGUGGUGUGGAUAUUGCAAUGGCAUAUAAGAGUAUCCAGAGGAAGGGAGAGGGUAAAGAGGUUGAUUUUGGUUUAAAUGAUCAGUCCUGGAGAUUGACCUGUUCUCCUUCCAGUUAUUCAUACUGGCAUGAUAACAAAGAGACUAAAUUCCCUGUAGUCCACAGCUCCAGUAGAAUAGGAGUGUAUGUGAAUCACAGUGCAGGAGUUUUGUCCUUCUAUAGCGUCAUCUUGGACAGAAUGAGUCUCAUCCACAGAGUCCAGACCACAUUCACUCAACCUCUGUAUCCUGGGAUUGGACUAUAUUGGGGUUCAACAGUGAAACUGUGA